UCUACCAGGACAGACUAGAACAGGCGAUUGAAGGAGGGGUGGAUGGCGUCAGCUCAUUGUUAACGUAUAAGAGGAUUUUCAGUGGAAAAGAACAUUCGGAAAUCACUGAGCUCGCGGAGAAGGGAAACCGAGCGGACAGUUCCAAACUUCUCCUAGACUUGGUGAUGGAGAAAGGCUGUCAGGCCCUAAGGGUGUUGUGGGAAUCCUUUAUAAACAUGCGCCAUAGGUUACCAAAAUUGGAUAAAAUGCUGAAAGAGAUACAGGAACAUGGUGUUCAGCAGAAACAUAAGGAGACACUCCGUGCUCAAACAGAAACACUAAGAGUGAACACUAUCCUAAUAAAGGAGAAGGAGAAGAUUUUCCAGCUGAUUGAUCAAUAUGCUGAGCUAACGGUUAUUUCUACUGUUCGAGAACGGACACUUGUAGAACAUGAACUGCUGGCAAGAGGCCGAGACCAUGAAGAGUGGAGAGAGAAACAUCUCCGUCAUGAACUGGAAAAAAUCCGAACUGAUCAAUUGUUCUACAGCAGCUUUUCCCACAGAAAAUCUAACUCUGGGAGUUCAGCGGUAGUGAGCGGAGUCCCAGGAAUUGGAAAAACAACAAUUAUACAGAAGAUUGUUUAUGACUGGGCCAUUGGGAAAAUAUACCCACAGUUUCAGUUUGUUUUCAGUUUUAAAUUUCGGGAUUUAAACACUAUUAACUGUGAAAUAAGCCUGAGGAACCUGAUACUAGAUCAGUAUCCUUACUUUGGGAAUGUUAUCGGAGAUGUCUGGAAGAACCCAGCGGGCUUGCUGUUUAUAUUUGAUGGUUUGGAUGAAUUCAAGGACAGUAUUGAUUUUUCUGACAGUCGGAGAAGUACACAAUCUCCACUCAUGUGCACUGAUCCUGAACGCUACUGUGAAGUGUCUGACAUUGUGUACAGUUUAAUCCAGCACAAGCUGCUCCCAGGAUGUUCAGUUCUAGUGACCAGUCGUCCCACUGCAUUGCGUUUGUUGGAAAAGGCUGAGAUCAGUGUCUGGGCUGAAAUCCUGGGAUUUGUUGGUGAUGAGAGGAAGGAAUAUUUCAACAGGGUUUUUGAGGAUCAGAUAGUUGCAGCAGCUGUUUUCAAACACGUGGAGGAGAACAUGAUGCUGUACACCAUGUGCUACAACCCUUCGUACUGCUGGAUCCUCAGUCUGUCACUGGGUCCCUUUUUCACAGAAAAAAACAGGAAACAGCAGCAAGUUCCCAAGACCAUCACCCAACUAUAUUCCUACUAUAUUUAUAACAUUCUGAAAAACCAUGGCCGAGAGAUUAAAGAUCCCCGUAAUGCAUUACGGAAGCUUGGGGAGAUGGCCUUCACAGGAGUCUCUGAGAAGAAGCUUGUGUUUAGGAAUGGAGAUUUGAUCCAGUACAGCCUACAACCUUCCCAGUUCCUGUCUGGAUUCAUGAUGGAACUCUUGGAGAGAGAAAAUUCUGUCCACAGUGUGGUUUACACAUUCCCGCAUCUCACCAUCCAAGAGUUUGUAGCUGCACUCGCACAAUUCCUGAUUGCACAUCCUAAGAACAUUCAAAACCUCCUGCGUGAAGCCCACAGUAAAGAGGAUGGGAGAUUUGAAAUAUUUCUCCGUUUUGUUGCUGGUCUCUCCUCUCCACAGUCAACUCAUCCCCUGGAGAAUUUUCUGGGUUCAUUUCAUCAUCAAACAACCUGUGACGUGAUUGAGUGGAUGAAGAAAACCCUUAUCAGAUUGGCUGGAAGUGGAAUGGGUAGCACUGGGAAAAGAAGCCUCCUGACAAUGUUGCACUGUCUAUUUGAGUCUCAGAAUAAAGCACUGGCUCAAGCCACUGUGGGAUCUGUGAAAACACUUAAUUUUGAUGAAUUGCGACUGACUCCUGUUGACUGCGAGGUCCUCUCUCAUGUCAUUGGGUUCAGUGAUUCAAUGAAAGAGCUCACACUGCAGAAGUGCUAUACUCAGUGUGAAGGACUUCAGAGGCUGGCAUCUGUUCUACACAAAUGCCACAUCUUGAGAUUGAGUGAUAAUAAUCUGGGAAACUCUGGAGUGAGAUUACUGUGUUCUGCUCUGAAGAAUCCAGACUGUAAAACAGAGAGAUUGGAAUUGGCUCUUAACAAACUCACAGAUUCCUGUGCCGAGGAUCUUGCCUUUGCUCUCAGUACAAACCAGUUAUUGACUCAUUUGAAUCUGAGGAAUAACACCUUCACAGGCCGAACUGCCCGGAUUCUCCUCUGCCUCAUACAGACCUGCAAGAGUCUACGGGAGAUUGACCUCAGUGGUAAUAAUCUUGGAGAUUUCGGAGUGAGAUUACUAUGUACGGCUCUGAAGAAUCCAGACUGUAAAAUAGAGACACUGGGACUGCAGAAUAACGGUGUCACAGAUUCUUGUGCUGAGGAUCUUGCCUCUGCUCUCAGUACAAACCAGUCAUUGACGCAUUUGGAUCUGACAUCAAACUCCUUCACAGACCAAUCCAUCCCCUUUCUCAUCCAUCUCAUACAGACCUGCAAGAGUCUGCAGCAGAUUGGACUGUGGCGGAAUCGGUUCAGUUCAAACGGGGCAAGACAGCUGGAGUCACUGCGGUCAUUGAGAUCCAACCUGUUUGUGUACAUAGACUGGUAACAGUUGGUCUGAGGAUGAAAAUGGUCCACAAGAUUCCUGAUGUUGCCCCUUGAUGGCCAAUCACUUGCAAUACAGGCCGACACUUCAUGGAGCUUCCAGAUUAUUAGCGGUCCCUGGACGUUAACGUUCUGUGUGAUUUGUGGAUAAUAUAAAUGUAGAAAGGAAACACACUGAAUGUCCUCAUUGAAACUGAAGGUUGGACAAAAAUAAAGCACUUUUUUAUAACUUAA